AUGGACUCAAACAAGAAACCCUUACUCUUUCUUGAUAUAAUACUGCGUGACUACCCGACGGACCCUAUCAAAACCCUCAUUGACUCCGGCGCCACCUCCAAUUUUAUAUCCCCCACUCUAGUAGAAAAAUUGAAAAUCCCAAAAACCCUACUCGAAAAUCCACGAGUAGUGAGGAUGUUAGAUGGUACCAUAUCUCAGACUGGUCGCAUUUGGCACCAGGUCCAACUCGCGGUCUCGGCCAAUGGCCAUCCCCACCACAUUCCUUUCCUUGUUUGCCCCAUAGGCAACACCCCGGCUAUUCUUGGCAUGACCUGGCUCACAUUGGAAUCCCCCCUAAUCGACUGGCAACAGGGACUUGUCACAUUCCCAGAACAGGUUCAAAUUGCCUCUGAGGAAGAAGCGGACCCUGACCCCUUGGCAGACCUCCCUACCCAAUACCAUGAGUUUGCGAGAGUAUUUGGCAAAGAAGAAUUUAAGGUCCUUCCCCCCCACAGGGAAUAUGACAUUUCCAUUGACCUACUUCCUGAUGCCAAACUCUCACCCGGACCCAUUUAUGGCAUGACCAAUGCAGAAUCCAGGGCGCUGAAACAACACAUUGACGAGGAGCUGGCAACAGGCAAAAUCCGCCCUAGUACCUCCUCAGCAGGCGCCCCAGUCAUGUUCGUAAAAAAGGCAGAUGGCUCCCUCAGACUGGUUGUCGAUUAUAGGAAGUUGAACAAGGUCACUCAUAAAAAUGUCUACCCUCUCCCCAGGCAAGAUGACCUUAUGGCCAAACUAAGGAAUGCAAAACUCUUCACCAAGUUGGAUCUUUGUUGGGGCUAUAACAACGUCAGAAUUAAAGAAGGAGAUGAGUGGAAGACGGCCUUUAGGACUAAGUAUGGACUAUUUGAAUAUCUGGUCAUGCCCUUUGGUCUCACCAACGCCCCGGCCGCCUUCCAACAUUUUAUGAAUGACUUGUUCAGGGAUCUCAUCGACGUCACAGUGGUAAUCUACCUGGAUGAUAUCCUCAUCUUCUCAGAAGACCCCGAGAAGCACCCGGAACACGUUAGGGAAGUCCUAUCGAGGCUAAUGAAAAACCAGUUGUUUUGCAAGCUCUCUAAAUGCCACUUCCACGUCACUACGGUGGAUUACUUAGGCAUCGUCAUAUCCCCAGCCGGUUUCUCCAUGGACCAGAAAAAGAUUGAGGCAGUCACGUCAUGGCCACAGCCCAAGACGGUUAAACAAGUCCAGGCCUUCCUAGGUUUUGUCAAUUACCUCCGCCGGUUUAUCCCCAACUUUAGUUCGGUCGCACGCCCUCUGCAUAAUCUCACCAAAAAGGAAACCCCUUGGUCAUGGGGUAACCUAGAGGAAGCAGCGUUCCAGGAAUUAAAGCUUCUUGUCACCCAGUCACCGGUCCUUAUUCACUCCAACCCAGGCCUACCCUACUACCUCAAAACAGACGCAUCAGGGGUAGCAAUGGGAGCAAUACUCAGCCAGCGAGGCCCAGACAACCGGUUACACCCCAUUGCCUACAUGUCCAAAUCAUUCUCAGGAGCAGAAGCCAAUUACGACACCCACGAUAAGGAACUCCUGGCAAUAAUCAAGGCAUUAGAAGAAUGGCGGAUAUUCCUAGAAGCUACAGACAAGCCAAUCCAGGUCUUCACGGAUCACAGGAACCUGGAAUACUGGAGGCAAGCCAGGACCUUCAACCGGAGGCACGCCAGAUGGCGCAUAUUCCUGAGCGAUUUCAAUUUCGAAAUCCAUUAUUGCCCAGGGAAGCAAUCAGGGAAACCAGAUGCACUGUCCAGAAGGUCUGACUACGUAGAUACGCCCCCAAACCCAGAAGUCAUGCUACCAGCGGAAGUAUUUGCCAACACGUCAGAAGAGGAACUCAAUAUUGUCUCAGAAAUCCGUACCAAACUCAGGGAUGACCCGUCACUUGAACCCAUCAUCAAGUUCCUCACAGAAGACGCGGACAACGCACCUCUGUCAAUUCGAAAGGCCUACAGGGAAUAUGAUUGGGAAGAAGACCUAUUAUGGUACCGCGGAAAGUUGGUGGUUCCAGACUCAGAAUCCACAAAAGACCGGCUACUCAGGGAAUUCCACGACUCACCGCUGGCAGGACACCCAGGGCAACAACGUACCCUUGAACUGUUAAGUCGCAAUUACUGGUGGCCAGGGAUGAAGUCCUCCGCCAAGGAGUGGGUAGAAUGUUGCCCCGUAUGCCAAGCCAACCGGCGAGCCCAUGCACCGGUCAUUGCGCUGAAACCUUUGGAAGUCCCCCCGUUCCCGUUUCACACCAUCUCCUACAAUUUCAUCACUGGGUUCCCCAAGUCACAGGGUCACGACGCUAUCUUAGUGGUGAUUGAUUCAUUCUCCAAGUUUGGGCACUUCAUCCCCACCUCCAAGAAAGUUACCGCCAAAGGCCUUGCAGAUCUUUUCAUCACCCAUGUGUGGAAACUUCACGGAUUACCGGUCAAAACAAUCUCUGACCGCGGAACCACCUUCACUGGAAAGUUCUUAAGGGCCCUCUACCAACGACUUGGAGUCAAGCCAGCUUUCUCCUCUGCGUAUCACCCCGAAUCAGAUGGACAGACAGAAAGGGUGAACCAGUUCAUUGAGUUUUACCUACGCUCCUACAUAGCCGCCGACCAUUUGGAUUGGGCCACUUGGCUACCUUUGGCUGAGUACGCAUACAACAAUGCCAAACACGCAUCAACCGGAAAAACACCCUUCGAACUUGUCUAUGGACGGAACCCGAUCAUGAACCCUUCCAACAUCCCAGCCAACGUCCCAGAAGCAGAUGCGGUAGCUGACACGUUAGCCCAAGAAUGGAAAGAGGCCGAAUCAGCCCUCAGAAUGAGCAAAGAACGGAUGAUCAGGGACAAGGGAACAGUACCGGAAUACUCAGUAGGGGAGAAGGUCUGGCUAGAUGGAAAAAACGUAGAGCUUAGGACCAACUCAAAUAAACUGGACCCCAAACGACUAGGACCAUUCAAAGUCAUCGAAAAGGUUUCCAGCCACGCCUACCGUCUAGAAUUACCGGAAACCCUGAAAAUCCAUGAUGUCUUCUACGUUGGGUUAUUAUCCAGAAGCUAUGAAUCUCCAAGUCAGCCGUUCCCAGAGCGACCUCCCCCUGAAACAAUAGAGGGAGAAGAGGAAUACAAAGUAGAACAAAUCAUUGACUCAAAGCGACAAAGAGGGAAAUGGUUUUAUCUGAUUAAAUGGAAAGGUUACGGCCCAGAAGACAACUCCUGGGAGCCCGAGGAACUAUUGGAACACAGCCAGGAGGAGAUCAAGCGCUUCAAUCAGGCUAGACUCAGAAAGGCUCCGAGUACCCCACCUUACAGUGGAGUACGACACUGGACCAGCAACAGAGUGGCUGGCCCUGCCGAGAAGAAUAUUGGGGAAGCAAAGGGAGACCCAAGCCAACCAUACCACUUGGAGGAGAGAGCGAGCGAACAGGCCCCCGGGCCUAGCGAACUGCACCCCUCGAGGGCAAGUACGAGCAAACAGGCCUCACAGCCAAGCAAACCGUACCCCUCACGACUCGUUACUCCAUCAUUCCUAGCUGAUGCCAAAGCGACUCCAAGAGAAGAAGACCCUGUGGGGUCCACAACUCCGUUCGUAACCCCUAGCCAAAAGGCUAGGCCACCUGUAACUACACAUUGCGCGCCCCUAAACGGGCCCAAGUUCUUUACAGAAACAAUUAAUGUUGAUACUGGUAGCAUACAUGAGGAAGUUGAAGAACCCAAAAACGGGUCCAACAAAACACUGAGACAGUCCAAAGUAUUGAAAGGAAAGUCAGCGGCUCAACAAAAAGCCGAGGACUUAGCAUACAUGCGUGAGAUAAUCAAAGACAAUCAAAGACUGAGGAGUCUCCGAUCAUCGCUACCCAACAUCAUACAGAAUGACAAAGACCUGUUGACCAAAAUCAACAAGGCGCUCUGGGAGUCAUCAAACACCAAAGAAUACAUACCCUCAGAAUGGGAAAUAGAACUGGAAACAAACUCACCAAACGCAGAGACACGGACAGUGGCCCAGCCGAGCAAUCAAAGCGCUGCUGCGGACCCCGGCUGUCCCACCUUUUUUGACAAAGGCAAAUGGAUUAGCAACGAGGAUUUUGAUGCGCAACAGGCUUACAAAACAGCAAAGUCCAGAACGGAUGACACAAUGCCUAAGAAAGAUCGACCGUCUAUUGGAAUUACACUAGAUGACAUAAGGCCACCCAGGAAAGCAGCAUGGCGAGAAACGCCGGAAAGAUCACGUGACAGGUCCGGCAUUGCGGCCCUCCCUGCGGGGGGAUACUUUGCUAACAAAAUGAGAGCAAAGGGAGUGGCAACGCCUAGCACCUCAAAGAAAGAAAAGAGUGCUAAAAAGCGCGCAUACAGCCCGUCAGAAAGCAAAAGCAAAAGCGGAAGUAGCAGCUCACCGGAAAGCUCCGACAGUGACAAAUCCACUACGUCAAACUUGUCCUUGGGAUUGGUUAACAGCGGGAAAAGACGGAAGAACAAGAAAAAAAGAGAGGAGUACUGUCUAAAAGAGAAAAUGCGCAAGGAGCAACGCGAGAAACGUAAGCUCCAAGAACAAAUCCAGGAACUCAAACAAGCUAGCAUCAAAGUCAAGGAACCGGUCGCGUACCGAGGACAAGAUGACUACAACGCAUUUGAAAAGUGGGACUACAAAGUAGACCACUGGCUCCAAGCAUCCGGGUAUAAGGGCAAACGUGCAGUAGAACACCUUGGAACGUUCCUAUCAGGGAACGCUUUGCGCUGGUAUAUGGACUUUGUAGCCCCGGACCCAAAAUCCUACACGGUAGACACGCUUAAAAUGGGAUUAUUUUCUUAUUUUUUCCCGCCUGAUCUUAAAAGCAAGCUUUGCUGCGAAUUCAAAUACGCGCGGCAAGGCAACCAGAAGUUUGUCGAUUACUUACAAGCCCUGAAACGGCUCCAGAGACAACUGCCAGACAUCACAGACCGUAAUAUAUGCAACAAACUAUGGGACACAGUGCAUACAUACAUAAAGGUCAAAUGGAUCGAGGCAGGACUAGAUGAGGAAGAGACAGACCUGGACAUACUUACUGAGAUGGCGGAGCGCUUUGAAGCAGCCGAAGAGGCUAAACAAAGGGCGUCCGCGCAGGGAAAACCCAAAGGAAAUGAUCAGCAGAACGGCGGCGGGUUAAUUACAAAACAAACGAACAAGCCACCCAAACAGAACCCAAAGGGCGAGAGCAGUAAACAGAACUCCACCCCAAGGGCCCAAAACGGGAAGUCAAAAGAAAAACCUAAAGCUGACAAAUCAAAGCUGUCACGUGAUGAGAGGAACGAGCUACGCGCGGCGGGUAAAUGCUUCAAUUGCAAGGAACCUGGACACACAAUCAAAGACUGCCCAACGCGCAACACAGCUAAGCCCAGUACUAUAUUCAACGCAUCACUACAGUACAGUCAAAUUGACAAGCUACAGAAACAGCGGGAGCAAUCAUACAUUGGAGUUGCAAGCAUACAACCGAUUGCAAAUAAUAGCCCUGCAAGCGCCAAGACCUCCCUAAGCAAGAUUGAGCCCGGGAAGUCCCUCCUAGAUGAAAUAUUAGACAAAAUAACCCCGUACUCACAGAUUGUGAUAGCGGAGAAUGAUCGCCUAAAGAUCACUAGCAAAGAAAAACAGGAAGUUCAGCUCACCUACAGAGAGAUUGCAAAACUUGCAAAGGAAGCGUACUUACUAAGACUGGAGCAAAGGGCACGUGAAAACAACCCCGGAAAAGCGAGUGAGACUGAGUACCAAACCGCUGAUGAAAGCAAAGAGGAGGCCAACAGGCCCUGGGAACCACUCAAGUGGUCCAACUCAGAGGACGAAUCAAAGGGGUUGGGGGGUAUACGCAUAGAGCUAAAUGCGCUAAAACUUGACAAUGGCAAGAAACCCCAAACAACAAAGAAUCUUGAGCGGAACGCGUCAAAACCAAGAGACAUUACCCAACAAAUGCCUAAGCCAAUUGUAGUAGAAGCGUUGAUUGAAGGACACAAGGUACGCGCCUUACUGGACACAGGAUCACUAGGUGACUUUAUCUCUACUACAGUUGUUGACCAACUCAAGCUCAAAUGCAAGCCGCUAGCAAGCCCAAUCGGACUACAGAUGGCAGUACAGGGGUUGCGAAGCAUGAUCAACUACUCAGUAGAUGCACGCAUAUCAUACCAGACUGUAGACUACAGGCGCAGAUUUGAUGUGAUUAAUAUAGACAACUACAACCUAAUCCUUGGUACACCAUUCCUAUACCAACACAAAGUAAUAAUAGGGAUGAACCCGCCAUCAGUGUCAAUUGGGAGCACCAAACCGGUACCAAUCAAAGGAGAAAUUGUGCUUGAAAUCAAAGCGCAUGUAGCUGAAAUCUUUGAGGCAGAAAUAGAGAAGUGCCGGGAAGAACUUAGGAAUGCUGGAGUAGACUUGUGCAAAACAAUGGCAGAAACGCUGCUCCCGCCAUUUCAAGCAAUUAAUCACACAAUCCCACUGAUUGAUGAAUCAAAAAAGUAUCAUUCACGUUGCGUACAGUGUCCAAAACCACUACAAAGCCUAUGGGAUGAAAAAUUUUGCGCAUACCUUGAUACUGGCCGCUGGGAACACCGGCCAGGGAGCAACGCAAUACCCAUGUUAAUUCUGAUGAAAAAGUCGAAAGACGGCAAAACGGCGGUUAGAACAGUACUUGACAAACGUGAGAUUAACGCAAACACUCACAAACUGGCAUUGCCGCUACCUGAUAUCAACGACAUACUAUCAGAAGUGUUGCGGCACCCAUACCAAAGCCUGAUCAACGGUAAAGACGUGUAUGAACAAAUACGCGUAGUACCAGAGCACGUCGAACAAACAUUGUUCAUGACACCAAACGGAACAAUGGUCAGUAAAGUGAUGCAACAAGGCGAUUGUAAUGCAGGCGCAACGUACCAAUCACUCAUGAACCACAUAUUUGCGGACUUCAUCGGGAAAUUUAUGUACGUCUAUCUAGACAACACAAUCAUAUUUUCAGAUACUGUAGAAGAGCACGUGAAACACGUUCAAAUGGUUUUCAAAGUACUACGACGCGAGAAACUGUACCUGAGCCCGCAUAAGAUGCAACUAUUUGCUGAAUGGCUCGAAAUCCUAGGACACGUAAUCACGUCAGCCGGAAUCUCAAUGGACCCACACAAGGUUGACGCAAUUGAGAAAUGGAAAGUACCUACGUCCAAAGAACAGAUAAUAAGCUUCUUGGGAGCCAUAGGCUACCUAGCCCCAAACUGCCCAAACGUAAGAAUACCAAUGAGCGUUUUAUCAAAGCGAGCGGCAGCAUCGCAGCCAUGGCGUUGGGAAGCAACGGAACAACAAGCGUUCCAAGAAAUCAAGGACAUUGUAUCAGCAUAUAGGAACCAUAAUAGGGUGUCACUGGAUUACUCACCAGGUGCUCCACCAGUUAACCUAACAACCGACGCAUGCUGCACAGGAGCAAGCGGUGUAGUAAGUCAAGGAGAGGACCUGAAAACAGCAAAGAUAGCUGCGUUCUGGUCAGGAAAGUUCACAGCCACUCAGCAGAACUACCCAGUGCACAAACAAGAACUAUUAGCUAUCAAAGAAUCGCUAGAAAGGUUCAAAAACCUACUACAAGGCAAGAAACUCUUGGCGCGACAAGUCCAAUGGAUGGAGAAAAUCAACAAAUUUGACGUAGACAUACACUACAUACCCGGCAAGACAAACAUACUAGCCAACGGGCUAUCACAAAUGUACAAUAACGAGCCAGAGGGCGUAGAACGAUCUAAAGCCAAGUACGUUGAUGAUACGGAUCAAGAAACAACGCAUAUACUUGUCAGAGCAACAGCAGUACAGGAGAAAGUGUCCAAAGACAUCACCAGGCCGUUGUACGUUGGCAACGAAGUAAAAGCCAAGCUCAAAGCUAGACAAACAAUCAAGCAGGAGACCAGACGCAGCACUUGGACGCGCAAGCCAGUAGAAAAAUAUGGCCAGCAACCCACACCUGAACGGAAGCCCCGGACAAAGAAGGGAAAACCGAAGGCUGAACCUAGAGAAGAGUCACAGGAUGAGUCACAAACCAAGUUGAGGGCCAAACCACAAGCCAAGACCGGGGCCGAGACAACAGUAGAGCCUAAAGAUGCAAAACCCAACACGCUAGAGAUAGAAACAGAAUCACCACUAGCUAAGUGCAUAACGGAAGUUCAAUUACCGGAAUGCAUUUGGGGUACAUACAAAGAGGACAAAGCCCUACAGGUAAUAGUACAAGAACUGGAAAAGUACUCAAAUUUUGAACUCGAGAAAGACAUACUAUACCUACGCAGAGAUGGCGAACGAGUAUUAUGCAUCCCAGACAUCAAAGUAGGCGAAAGGAAACUGCGUGAGAUCAUCAUCACACACGCGCACUCAAUCCUGGCGCACCUCAGCGCAAAGAAAACGCUACAGUGGCUGCGCACGCAAGUAUGGUGGAAAACCAUGGUCAAAGAUGUGUACGAUUAUUGCAAAUUGUGUCAUGUAUGCGCAGUAAACAAGACGGCAACACAGAAGCCGCAAGGACUACUUCACCCGAUGCCAAUCCCAUCGUACCCAUGGCAGUCUAUUGGCAUUGAUUUUGUAGGACCACUACCAGAGUCAGAGACCCAAUACGGCAAAUUUGACAUGAUCAUGACGGUCAUUGAUAACCUCACGCGAAUGAUUCAUUUAGUUGCUACAAAACAGACAUACAAAGCGAAAGAUAUUGCUGAAAUUAUAUUCGAACAUGUCUAUAAACUACACGGUAUGCCGGAGACUAUAGUAUCAGACCGUAACUCACUGUUCACAUCGACGUUCUGGCGCAAACUUGCAAAGCUGACAAAGACCAAGCUUAAGAUGUCAUCAGCUUAUCACCCACAAACGGACGGCAUGACAGAAAGAGCACAGCGCACCUAUUUGGGAAUGCUAAGGAUCUGCACCGCAGAUAAGCAGAAAGAGUGGGCUAGGCACUUGCCGGCCAUCGAAUUUGCAAUCAACUCGGCAAGAUUGGAAGCGACCGGGUUAGCACCGUUCUAUUUGAAUUACGGACGCAUACCCUUGCCAAUGAUAUUUGACGCAAUUACAGUUGUGUCCCUCAGCUUGCACGCUGAUGGGGAGUUUGUUAUUCCAAAUUAG